UUCCCUGAGUCAUUCUUCUCUCUCUCUCACACACACACACACACACACACACGAACAACGAACACAAACAGAGUUAACCGAAGAAGUGACGUGACGAAAGACGAAGCAUAACAUCGGAAACGACGCCGUAGGAGCUUGCAUGCUCUCUGCUCCGCAACCCUCGUCCAUUCACAAAACCCUAAAACCCUCAAUUAAGCUUCCGUUUCUCUCCAUGAAGGACCGACCACCACUGUCCUCGUUUGGCGCCAUUUACGUUCCGCCGCACCAACGCCUACGCUCCGUCGUCACCUCCGCCAAUUACAACUCCCCCGCUCCGGUUGGCGCCAAGUUCAGCGAAAACCCUAGACCCACCGCUACUACGGAGCAAGUUCCUAAUAAGGGGAACUCGCGCUACAUUUCUGCUUAUGACGAUGUAGUUUCCGAGGAAGGUUCCGAUCGUGAAUUUGAGGCUCCGUCACUACCGAGUGCUUCCCCUUAUGAUAACACUGAUGAGUGGAAGCGGAAAUUGACGAUGCUCUUAAAUGACAAGAGUAAGCAAGAGUUGAUCUCACGGGAGAAAAAGGAUAGGCGUGAUUUUGAGCAAAUAGCAGUUUUGGCAAGCAGAAUGGGGUUGUAUAGCCAUAUGUAUGCGAAGGUUGUUGUCUUCAGUAAGGUUCCACUUCCAAACUACAGAUAUGAUUUGGACGAUCGGCGGCCCCAGAGGGAGGUCAGCAUGCCUAUUACCAUGUUUAGGCGAGUUGAUGCAUAUUUUGAGGAAUACCUUAACCAGAAGUCCAGGGUGAAUGGAAGCUUUUCGGAUUUUUCAUUUGCAAGAUCAAGCAGUAAUGGCAGUUUUGGUACAGAUGAAGGGCUUUUUGAGCUACCUGAGCCACUAGCAUCCAGUAAGGCUGUUGCGGAUACAAUUCUCUGGCAGAGAAGCUUACAUAUGCGCAAUCAGCAGCAUGCUUGGCAGGAAUCUCCUGAAGGAAGAAGCAUGCUAGAAUUUCGUAUCAGUCUCCCUGCUUAUAAAGAGAAAGAAGCAAUAUUAUCAGUCAUAUCAAGGAAUCAGGUAGUUAUCAUUUCAGGUCAAACAGGCUGUGGCAAGACAACACAAAUUCCACAAUUUAUUUUAGAAUCUGAGAUAGAAUCAGUUCGUGGAGCUGCUUGUAAUAUUAUAUGCACACAGCCAAGACGCAUUUCAGCCAUGUCGGUUUCUGAAAGGGUUGCUUCUGAGAGGGGGGAAAAAUUGGGUGAAUCUGUUGGAUAUAAAGUUCGAUUGGAGGGUAUGAAAGGGAAGGAUACCCAUCUUCUCUUUUGCACCACAGGCAUCUUAUUAAGAAGAUUACUAGCUGAUAGGAACUUAAAAGGUGUUACUCAUAUUAUUGUGGAUGAAAUUCAUGAACGUGGGAUAAAUGAAGAUUUUCUGCUUAUUGUCCUUAAAGAUCUCCUUCCCCAUCGACCAGAACUGAAACUGAUUUUGAUGAGUGCUACCGUAGAUGCUGAACUUUUCUCUUCAUACUUUAAUGAGGCUCCAGUUAUGAAUAUUCCGGGCUUCACUUACCCCGUUAGAACUCAUUUUUUGGAGAACAUUCUUGAAAUGACGGGCUACAGAUUGACUCCUCAUAAUCAAAUUGAUGAUUAUGGUCAAGAAAGGAUGUGGAAAAUGAAUAAACAGGCCCCAAGAAAGAGGAAAAGCCAAAUUGCUUCUGCUGUAGAGGACGCAAUUAGAGCUGCUGAUUCCAAAGAUUACGAUCCACAGACACAGGAGUCUUUGUCAUGUUGGAAUCCUGACUGCAUUGGUUUUAGUCUCAUAGAAUAUAUAUUAUGCAAUAUAUGUGAGGAUGAAAGACCUGGUGCUGUUUUGGUUUUCAUGACUGGAUGGGAUGAUAUAAACUCUCUUAAAGAUAAGCUCCUUACCCAUACUGUCUUGGGAGAUCCAAAUCGAGUUUUGUUGCUUACAUGUCAUGGCUCAAUGGCUAGUUCGGAGCAGAACUUGAUAUUUGAAGAACCCGAAGAUGGAGUAAGAAAAAUAGUGCUAGCAACAAAUAUUGCUGAAACGAGUAUCACGAUAAAUGAUGUUGUUUUUGUUCUUGACUGCGGAAAGGCAAAAGAAACAUCAUAUGAUGCACUGAAUAAUACGCCUUGUUUGCUUCCUUCAUGGAUCUCCAAGGUUUCUGCUCAACAAAGAAGAGGAAGAGCUGGUCGUGUUCAACCAGGAGAGUGUUACCAUCUCUAUCCUAGGUGUGUAUAUGAUGCUUUUGCAGAGUAUCAAUUGCCAGAAAUUUUGAGAACACCUUUGCAAUCUCUAUGUUUACAAAUCAAAAGUCUAAGACUUGGAAGUAUAUCAGAGUUCUUGUCAAGGGCUUUGCAAUCUCCUGAGAUACUUGCGGUGCAAAAUGCAAUUGAAUAUUUAAAAAUAAUCGGGGCUUUGGAUGAGAAUGAGAAUCUGACUAUUCUAGGGCGCUAUCUUACAAUGCUUCCUAUGGAACCCAAACUUGGCAAGAUACUUAUCUUAGGUUCUAUCUUCAAUUGCCUGGAUCCUAUAUUAACUGUUGUCGCUGGCCUUAGUGUGAGAGAUCCUUUUUUAACACCAUUGGAUAAAAAAGAUGUAAGUUGUUCCUCUUUUAGUUAUAACUAUUUGCACAUUGGAUGUGUCCAAGUGGCUAUUAAACCUCUUGGAAUUGAAGGUCUAAAUGCUUCUGUUCUUCUAUGCCUUCGUCAUACAAGGCAUAACAAAUUUACAGAUUCUAUACUUGGAACUGUUGAAACAAGCCUAAGCAAUGGACCAAUCUUUUUCAAUUGUUAUCCUGAUCGUAUGGUUAGUCUUCAAGAUAAAAAUAUCUUGGAUGUCUUAACAUUGAACGUUGAGACAAGUGGUCUGGACAUGAAAACCGGAUCUAUUCCAGCAGCUUUGCUUUUUAGGAUUCAAUAUAAAGUAUUGAAUUCUUCCAUCUCUAGGGUUCUUAAACCCAAGAAAACUGGGGAAACUACUUUGUUCCUUACUGACAUGUCUAGAGCAAAUGUCACUGUACCCAAAACUAUCCGUUGGUCUGACGUAGUUCUACCAGAAAAAUGGAGACUUGAGAAGGCAACACCUGCUCAACCUAGAGAUACUCCAAAUUUCAGAGAAAUCAAGCAGUUCCCAAGUGGUGCUGUUGAAAUCAUCUUCGAUAGAAGAAACUCUUUCAGUUCUGCAAGUUCUUCCAGGUCUGUUCAAACUCAAGAUUUUCGUUCUGAAGAUUUUCAAUCAGCUCUUUCAAGGAGAUCUUUCUCUACAAUCUCUGAACCUAGUAGGUUCAAUCUCCAUCUCCAAGGUUUGGACACCUCUUCUUCUAUUCCUAAACCUUCAUAUACCCAAAAAGAAGAAGAAAAUGAACAAAAUAUUAUCCAAUCCCCAAAAUCUAUUCAAUCUCCAACCUAUUCCUCUAUGCAUAAUUCUUAUGAUGUUAUCUAA